AUGGCUGAUUCCAACAUUGAUGGAAACCAGCUUCCCGAGGUCGAGAUUUCUGAAGCCCAGCGACUAGCUCUCGAGCAGUUCACUGCGCAGACAACGCAGACUGUCCAACAAGCCAUUCCGCUACUGCAGCGUCACCAGUGGGAUGUUCAGAUUGCAGUAGCCCGGUUCUUUGAUAAUGAUAAUGAUGCCGGAGAAACCCCUGCACUCCCACCUGGACCCGCUCUUCCGAUCGGUUUGGUUCCAUCUUCCAGUACCAGCACCGUACGACCAGCCCCAGGGGAGAUCGCGCGCUCUUAUGCCGAAAGUCUCUCGCAAGAUCUUGAUAGGCUCCUCGAGAAGGGCAUUGUUCGAGCACUGAUCAAGGUAUUAUCAUCUUUUAUCAAGCCAAAUACGUACGGACAGAGUAGCCCUUACACGUCUUGGCGGAAAAAAAAUUCCGACAAGCUGUGGGAUGAUCGUGUUCAGAAGUGGAAGGAAUUCAGGACGGAAGUCCGGCUCUCGGACAAGCCACACUAUACUGCGCUCUCGUAUGUAUGGGAAGACUACGGGCCCAUCAUGAACAAAAACGACAAGAAGAGGCAAAACAAAGAUGAACUCAACCCACAUAAGGAACGGACCAUGAUUUGCAAUGGAAAGGCCCUGAAGGUGAAGGCGAGCGUGUUUGCUGCGAUUUCCAAGCUGAGAAAAGACCUGAACGGACGAUACGUUUGGAUCGAUUCCAUUUGUAUCAAUCAAGAUGAUGAGCGCGAACAAAGCGCUCAAGUGGCGAAAAUGACCGAUAUAUACAGCGGAGCCGCCUACGUUUUCAUCUGGCUUGGUGGAAGACAUCCAAAUCGUGACUUUGUACUCCCUCAUUUAGAGAGAAUCCCGAAGUACCCAAAGUCUGCCGCGGACAUCCCCAUCAUGUUCGAUGGAAGGCAGUUCUCCAGCCCCCAAGAACUCGUUAUGGGGUCCUCCCACUAUUUUGGGUUCAUCUGGUGUUCCACAAUAGUCUUCCUUCUUGAUGGAUGGUUUCAGCGUGUGUGGACGUUACAGGAGUUUGUGUGUGCAAAAGACUUCGGAUUUUACCACGAUGGGUACCAAAUACCUACCUACUACCUGGAGAGUGCCGUCUCGUGGUCACAACUGUUGCAGCCUGAAGCCUUCAUGUUCCCACUGUUCAGAGAAGAGGUGUGGUACCGAAGGGCAUAUCCGAUAUUUGAGCUUCGUGACCAAUUUCAACGUGGAAAGAUUCUGGACAUUUCAGAAAGUGUCCUUAUCAGUGCAGCAAGGAGUUCCACAAAGCCACAGGACCACGUGUUCGGCAUUCUCGCUUUGACGGAGCGUUCUUCGCUCGAAAUCGAAGGUAUUUCAGGAGAUAUCCUGGAACCUGAUUAUGGAAAGCCCUUCGAUGAGGUUUUUAUUGACCUUGCCCGACGGUUGCUUUACGGCAAGAUAGGACUUUCCGGGGACGCAACCCUAUUACCUCAGAGGCAGCAACGUGUUUUCAACCGCUACUUCCAUGAAAUCAUCAUUCUCGAUUUCUAA